CACACACACACGGGGGAGAGAGAGAGAGAGAUCUUGACGCACAGCAUGGAGAGCUCGCCGCUCUGCCCCCGCAAUCCUCCCCAUCUUGGAGCAUGCAAGCCUCGGAUCCCAUACACAGAACUGCCGCCCAGGUCCGAAAGGUUCUGGAGGCCUUGGAUUCCAACCCAGAAAGAGGCAGAAAGGCAGCUCCAGGCAAACCAUUCAGGGGUGAAUGAAUCCCACUUGGGCAGUUCUUCUGAGACUAUGGAAGACUCAGCAAAACUCACACACUAUACACACCCAGUCAGAUUAUUCUGGCCCAAAUCAAGGUGCUUUGAUUACUUGUACCAUGAAGCAGAAGCACUUCUGAGGAACUUUCCUGUCCAAGCCACACUUUCCUUUUAUGAAGAUUCAGAGAGCGAGGAAGAGAAUGAUGAGUUGGACCAUGGUUUUGAAGCAGCAGUGGAUUGUUGAUUGCACAAGGACUACUGUUACUGUUUAUAUUCAUUAAUUUAAUAUCAAGCUCAGUUUUCUAUAAUAAUAUUUUAAGCUAAUUUAUAUGUAAGUUAUUUGCAAUUAAAAUUCUUAUCAUUUUUAUUUUCAUAA